AUGGUUUCCUCACGCAUGGUAUCCACCAUAUCCCAACGAUCUUUUAAAGAGUUUGCAGAGUUGUUAUGUCACGUACCUCCCUCCUCACGUUCCGCCAUCCCAAUCACACCCAUCCCACCAAGCACGUCAACACAUGAUGAUAUCCACGCAACGCAUUACAUUCCCCAAAAAUACCAGUCCCAUUUCCGACGCACCCCACAACAAUCACAACAACAACAACAACUCGAAUCAACCAUCUCAUCACCAUCCAACCCCGACAACCGCAACACCACCAAUAAACAAACAAAACACCACGGCAGACUCAUUAAACGCAUUCGACACAUGUUGAAUGAUUUGGAUCUCCCUGUACGGGAUAUCGUUAUUACGAAUCGAGUGAAUGUGUAUGGUCCUUAUGAGGGUGUAGAUAAAGAAUUAUUGAGUCAUGUUGCAAAGAGUGUUGGAAAGAGGGUUGGAAAACGGGUGGAAUUUAAGAGGGAUUGGGGGGAGCAUGUCAAGAGGGUUUGGGAUAUUGUUGAGCGGGAGGUGGGGGCAUGUUGAGAGGUCCUGUGGGAUAUCGUUAUUAGUAGUCGAGUGAGCGUGUGUGGUUCAUGUGAGGGUGUAGAUACAGAUGGACUGAGCAUCAUGGGGUAUUGACUGUAAAUGUUAUAUUUAAAUGAUUUUUGUGGCGAGUGCAAUAAAGCAAAGGGCAGCUAGCAACAAUAGUAACCUAUGAAAGAGUAUUUCGGAUA